UCAUUUCAUUUCAUUUUCAGACAUUGUCACAUCACAAUUUAUCUCGACCGUGCGCUCGAAGCUUUCCUCGAGUUCGGAGUCCGGUUUUUUUUCGGGAUUGGUGUUUUUGUCUGUUCCGUGACGAUAGAAGGGGCGCGCGCGUGUGUGUUUGUGUGCGAGUGCGUGUGAAGCGAAGAAGAGAAUUGAGACGCAGACGACGUGUGAUUGAAUACUGUUGUGGAUGCACAAGUGCCAACAGAACGAAGUUGCGGUGCGAUAAAUGCGAACCGUGUGCUGGAAGUGAUUUUUCUUUGGUGCAUUCUUGAAGUGACCUCGGAAUCCUCGAGCCUACCUCGGUAGCCCCUCGAGAUAGUGACUUGUGAAGAUUUAAAACAUUUUCUCGGGAAGUUUUGUGCGUGCGCGUUUGUGUGUGAUAAGAUAAAGGAAAGCCUUUAGCUAUAGUAGACAAAGACCAUGGCCCUGGAAGACCGCUGCAGUCCACAGAGUGCUCCGAGUCCACCGCAUCAUCACCACAGUAGCCAGAGCCCGACGAGCACGACCACGGUUACGAUGGCAACGGCAAGUCCGCUGCCCGUGACGACCACAACUGCUAGCGCCACCAGUUCGCCUACCCGCGACGAGAUGUCGCUAGUGGUACCGAUCUCUCCGCUUCACAUCAAGCAGGAACCGUUGGGCAGCGAUGGAGUCUCACCGAUGCCGCUCUUGCCACCACAUCACCAUCACCACCAUCAUCACCCUCACCAUGUUCCUCAGCAGCCGUCACCACACCAGCCACAGACCGCUCCCACGGGCAACAUAUCCUUUUCGAUCUCCAACAUCUUGAGCGAUCGAUUCGGCAAGACUUCGUCCGAUGAGCAGCAGCCACAGCAGCAACAGCAGCAAAUCCGCGAGCUAAACAGUCCCGGACCGGUCCACCCGAGUGUGCUGCUGCCCUACCCCCAUCAGCAUAUGCUUCACCCAGCCCAUCCUGCCCUGCUCCAUCCCGCUUACCAUGCCGGCCUACACCACUACUACCCACCACAGCACCAACCGAUCGUGCCCCAGCCGCAGCGGCCGCUCGAACGAAGGGACAGCCUGUUCCGGCCGUACGACAUCAGCAAAAGUCCUCGGCUCUGCAGCAGCAAUGGUAGCAGCUCGGCCACACCGCUGCCCCUCCAUCCGUACCACACGGACAGUGACUCCACGCAGGACUCCAUGUCCGCACCGAGUCCUGCCACGUACGGGGAUAUCGCUUCACCCUCGUCCGCAUCUUCCGCCAUCACUACCCCGGCCACCACCAGCAGUCCCACCGGCAGUGUGUAUGACUACAGCCGCAAGACGAGCGCCCUAGACCAUCGGGCAGCACUGCUGAAUGGGUUCAGUGCCGCCGCCAGCUAUCCCAAGCUUCACGAAGAGAUCAUCAACAGCCACCGGAAGUUCCAGGCCAAGUUGAUCGAAUCGCAAACGAAGGCAGCGUUAGCGGCGGCCGCUACGGCAGCAGCAGCCGCUUCCAUCUCCCACCAGCAACCGCACAUCCCACCGCUCGGUAGUCUCUGCAAAACGGUGUCCCAGAUUGGACAGCAUGUGGCCGGUACGGGAAGUCUGAAUGGCUCGACGACGAACGGAGUUUCGAAUGGAAGCUCGGGAGGCAACACGACUACUGCAAGCAGCACCAAAGCAACUCCCAAGCCGAUUCCGAAACCGGUGAGCUCGGAGAUGAACACCGGGUCAUCUUCUCAGGACACCGGGAUGGAGUCGUCGGACGAUGCCAAGUCGGAAACGAGCAGCACGAAGGAUGGCGAAAAUGGUAGCAAUCUGUGGCCGGCCUGGGUUUACUGCACGCGAUACAGCGAUCGUCCAAGUUCUGGCCCUCGAUACAGACGUACGAAGCAACCGAAGGAAAAGGGCGACAAUGAGGAGAAGCGCCCGAGGACAGCCUUUUCCAAUGCGCAACUGCAACGACUGAAGAAUGAGUUCAACGAAAAUCGCUAUCUGACGGAAAAGCGACGGCAAACGCUUAGCGCCGAGCUUGGGCUGAACGAGGCGCAGAUCAAGAUUUGGUUCCAGAACAAGCGGGCCAAGAUUAAGAAGAGCUCGUCGGAGAAGAACCCGCUCGCCCUCCAGCUGAUGGCCCAAGGUCUGUACAAUCAUUCGACCGUGCCGCUCACGAAGGAGGAGGAAGAGCUCGAGAUGCGCAUGAACGGCCAGAUCCCUUGAAUCCCUCUUAUGUCUGACAUCUGACCGAACCACCCUCCCCAAAUAGGGUACAAGUAGCGGACCUCGGACAGGGAUGAUGCAAUAGUUGGUUGGUUGAAGGAUUCUUCUCAAAGCUUCUACCGACCUCGUCCAAAAAUCAGGAAGCGGUUUCCUGAACGGUGAUGGCGUCCCUGCAGAACGAUAUUCGAUGGACGUCAACAAACUUGAAAAGCAAUACUAUUUAGCGUAUCUACUAAGCAUGUUUAAGUACACAGACAUACCUACCUACCGUUACAGUGUAAAUUAUUAUCUCCUUUUGGGAAGCUCUCUUGGUAGCUGUAUCCUAGAAUAUUCGGUUUAGUCGCUUGCGAACUGUAUAUAGCAGGAGUCAAUCUUGAGUGUAAAUAGAAGUUCUAUUUGUGGUGCUUUAUUUAUAAGUUUUAAAAGCUCUAGACAUGAGGCCGAUUCCCGAACCAGUUUCUUUUCUUGGAGACGUAAAGAGAAAGCAAUGAAUGCCUCAACACGGUUUCAAUCGUCGGAGGAAGAAGUUUUAAGCAUUAAAAGUUAGCAGUUCCAAAUAUGUUUCUCACUAAAGUAGAAGUGCACACCAGAUGAGAAACAAGAAAAGAAUAUCCUAAUGUCUUGCAAGUUCUAUGAAAUCGUUCUAUCUGGUAGGAAUUACUACUAGGACACCCUCUAAGAUAAGUGAAGCAAACACACAAGUAUUAUUAUAUUAUCUAUCAUUAUAAUCAUUCUGCCCAAUUAUAGCAAAGAAUAGAAAGAGAGAGAGAGAGUUGUUUUACUGAUUGUGAAGUUGUUUAGUAGCGCCCAGGAAAAAAAGAAGAAGGAAUGAAAAACAUUGAAGAAAAAUCAAACUCUAUAAAAACGAAAAACAUACAAAACAGAAGAGCGUAAAGUUUAUUAGUUGGUAAAAGAAGCGUAAUGUAUAAUGUAAAAACCCAAAACAAAACACAAACACAUACUUUUGCACACUCUCAUGUGAUAUGACGAACAGCGACGAGGGAGAAGUGAAGAGAAGUAAAUUAAAGUAUGAAAAUCUAAUAUUCAAAACAUA